AUGUCGUUCAUUGCACCAAUCCAUAGACCCACAAGCAUUCGGCAUGCUUUGAGGAUAAGGUUCUUGUCUCCAGAUGAAGAGGACCUGGUUGUCGCAAAAGCCAAUCGCUUGGAGAUCUGGCGCGUCACCGACGAGGGCAUGACCUGCCUCCAUACCAAGCUCAUUUACGGUACAAUAUCAAUGCUUCAACGCCUACAACCCAAGGACUCGGAAACCGACCUUCUGUUUAUCGGCACAGACCGACUGCAAUACUUUAAUGUUGCCUGGAACGCCGAAACCAGCCAGCUCGACACCGUCGAGCAAACCAUUGAAGAUACAGCCGAGCAGUACAUGCGCCAUUCUCAAAGUCAAAACAAAUGCCUGGUUGACCCGACCGGAAAAUUCAUGGCUAUGCACCUCUGGGAAGGUGUCUUGAAUGUCUUUCGGCUGCCCACGCGCAAAGGUGUCACGACGAAGCUUGUAGCCCUAGACCAAGUCCGCCUGACCGAGCUCUGGAUGAAAGCCAGCACUUUCUUGCACAGCAGAACCGGUCACCCACGCAUCGCUUUUCUCUACAAGACACAGCUGGACCAGGAAGAGGCCCGGAUAGCAGUCUACAGACUCACCAAGGACGAUAAAGGUGGGGAUGUCUCCAGAUUCGACCCUCACAAAGAAAGGGAGCUUGAUCAGGUGAUUCCAGAUCCAUAUGCUUCCAUGCUCAUUCCCGUUCCCGUAAAAGAGGAGAAGCGAUACCAUGUUCGCAACACCGAAGGAGCAAAAGCACACCUAGGCGGACUACUCGUGGUCGGAGAGACUCUUUUGACAUAUUUCGAUAGUCUCACCUACUCCAGUGUUUCGUCAACUUUGCAAGAUGCCAAAAUCUACGUUGCCUGGGCAGAAUACAACGGGACCAAUUACCUGCUUGCCGACGACUACGGCAGGCUCGAUCUUCUGACCAUUCAAACGUCUUUGGGACCAACAGGAGAUGUAGUCACCGGCAUGACCGUAACGCCAAUGGAAUUCGCCGACGGGAGUGCAUAUACAUCUCGUGCCUCUUCUCUGGUGUACAUGGGUGACCGCAUGCUGUUUGUGGCGUCCCACCAUGGCGAUUCGCAAUUACUGCAAGUCGACAUCAAGACGAAGAAGAUGGUGCUGAUCAAAACACUAUCCAACAACGCACCAAUCUUGGACUUUGCCAUCAUGGAUAUGGGAAACAGGGAAGGCGACACUCAGUCCGGAAAUGCCUUCUCGUCGGGCCAGGCAAGGAUCGUUGCCGGCUGCGGAGCUUAUCACGACGGCAGCUUGCGGAGCAUUCGCAGUGGCGUUGGACUAGAAGAUGAGGGCUUCCUCGAUGAGAUACAAAACGCGAACCAACUCUUUGCCUUGAAAUCCUUUGGAGCGAGUCACGUGGACACACUGAUCGUAUCGUCAACGGCAGACAGUCGGGUCCUCAAAUUCGAUUCCGACGGAGGCAUAGAAGAAAUCUACGAGUUCCAAGGUAUGACAUUGAGCACGGAGACGUUGCUUGCCGCCAAUACGGUCAGCGGCCAACUACUUCAAGUAACGCAGCAAUCUGCCGCGCUACUGGACCCGGAUAGUGGAGUGGUAGCAUCGUCUUGGGACGUCCCUGAUGGAAAAUCCAUCACUGCUGCGUCAGCUAAUUCCAAAUGGGCUUUAUUAUGCGUCGAUGGAACAACACUUGUAUCAUUGAACUUGGGGGAUAAUUUGGCUGCCACCAUGUCUCGAGACACUCCGCCUGAUGCUGUCGCAGAUCAUGUUGACCAGAUCUCAUGUCUUCACGCCGCGAGAGACUUUACCGAUAUUGGGAUUGUGGGUUGGUGGCAUUCCGGCACAAUAUCCCUUGUGACUCUGGAGAACCUAAAACCAUUGCACGGAGAAAGUCUAAGGCAUACAGAAGACAGUGCCUCGAUACCUCGAGAUAUUGCUGUCGUCCAGCUUCAUCCGCCCGAGGUGUCUGGUCCUACGCUUCUUGUUGCUCUCGAAGACGGUAGCGUCGUGACCUUCAACCUCUCACCCACAGACUACACGAUAUCGAACCGUAAGAGUGUCACCCUCGGAAGUAGCCCUGCACGAUUACACAUUAUUCCUCAGUCGGACGGAACUUGCAACGUAUUCGCCACUACAGACCACGCCAGCCUGAUUUACAGCGCUGAAGGCAGGAUCGUAUAUUCCGCCACCGCAGCAGACGACGCAACAUGCGUCACCCCCUUUGACUCGGAGGCAUUCCCGGGCUCUAUUGUCCUGUCUACCGAUAAAGACAUACGACUGUGCCGAGUUGACAAGGAGCGCCUCACUCAUGUCAAAUCGUUAGCAGUCAAAGAAACAGUUCGACGGGUUGCUUAUUCUGCUGGCCUGAGAGCGUUCGGCUUAGGCUGCAUCAAAAAGGAGCUCAUCAACAACGAGGAGGUGAUCACUUGCGCGUUUAGACUUGUUGAUGAGAUUGUUUUUCGCCAGCUUGGGAAGCCGUUCUAUUUCGACGCUCUGGCUUCGUUAGAAAUGGUCGAAUGCGUUAUUCAUGCGGAGCUGCCGGAUAGCGCCGGCAAUCUUGCGCCGCGCUUCAUCGUUGGAACAAGCGUUGUCACUGACGAUGACUGCGUUGAAGAGGGAGAUACACGAGGUCGAAUUCUAGUCCUUGGCGUCGAUGAGAACCGCCAGGUCUAUCAGAUUACCUCGCACAAACUGAAAGGAGCGUGUCGCUGCCUCGGCAGUCUUGGCGAGUACAUUGUGGCCGGCCUGUCAAAAACCGUGGUGAUUUACAGAUAUGUGGAAGAAACAACCGCGACAUCAUCUUUGCAGAAAGUAGCUGCUUAUCGUUCAGCAUCAUUCCCGGUGGAUUUAGACGUGUGUGGUAAUAUGAUUGGAGUGGUUGAUCUCAUGCAGUCGCUUUCCUUGGUUGAGUUUAUUCCGUCACAGGACGGAUCUCGGCCCAGGCUGGAGGAGAGGGCGCGGCAUUAUCAACCUGGAUGGGCAACUUCAGUCAGUCACUUGGACGAGGAUCGAUGGCUGGAGGCUGAUGCCCAGGGCAACCUCAUGGUCCUAAAGCGCAACCGAGACGCACCUUUGGAGCAAGACCGUAAAAGAUUGGAGGUGACCAGCGAGAUGAACAUUGGGGAGCAAAUCAACCGAAUCCGAAGACUACACGUCGCCGUCAAUGAGAAGGCAAUUGUCUCGCCAAAAGCAUUCUUGGGAUCGAUUGAGGGCACCUUGUAUUUAUUCGGCGACAUCGCUCCUGGAUACCAAGAUUUACUUCUCACUUUUCAGACGAGAUUGCAGGAUUACAUAGACGCCCCCGGUCACAUCAGUUUCGAUCUUUGGCGAGCAUUCAGGAAUCAGAGCCGCGAGGCGGAUGCUCCCUUUCGCUUCAUAGACGGCGAAAUGAUAGAAAGGUUUUUGGACCUAGAUGAAGCCGAACAGAAGCUUGUCUGCGCAGAUUUAGGGCCGACUGUUGAGGAUAUGAGAGACAUGAUUGAAGAAUUGAGGAGGAUGCAUUAA